AUGGCGCAGAGUAGAGAGGAUGAGAUCCUCCCAGCUGCAGAAGAGCAGCAAAGUGAAGGGCCAGGGCUAGAGUGUGCCGCAAGUGUGCACGGGGAUAGGGUCCUCUUCCCGUGUGCGUCCCCUGAAUGUGUUCCUUACGUAGUUCCACGGGGAAUUGGUUUCAUUGAGAGUAUCCAGUUGGAAAAUUUUCUGUCCUAUGCCACGCUGGGACCCGUGAAAUUUGGGACCCAUAUCAACUUUGUGGUGGGACACGGUGGCAGGAGCGCAUUACUGACAGCUCUCAUCAUUGGUCUUGGUGGGAAAUCGUUAGGAACGUCUUUGAAAGACUUUGUGAAAGAUGGAGCAACUUCGGCCAACAUCUCCAUCACUUUAAGAAACAGUGGUAUCUAUGCUUUUAAAUCUGAUGUGUAUGGGGAUUCGAUAACUGUGCAGCGAUGCAUCUCUGUGGAUGAAGGUCCAAGUUACAAACUAAAAGACCAAGGAGGAAACCAUGUUUCUUCUGAGAAAGAAGAGCUUACAGCCAUUCUUGAGCAUUUUAUGAUACAGGUGGAUAAUCCAGCAGUUGUUUUGCUGCAACACGUAGGCAAACAGUUUGUGUGUGCUAGAAAUGAAGGUGACAGAUACAGAUUGUUUCUGAAAUCAACUAAGCUUGAACAUAUGAGAGAAGAGUACUCAGAACUUUUGGCAAAAAAAGCUAGAAGCCAGAAUGAAUUAGACCAAGCAAGGGAGGAGGUUGAGAGGCUCGGAUAUGAGGAAGCACAGAUAGGGAAGCAUUUUCAGAGCAGGGCUGCUUUGAGGGAGAAAUUAGAGGACUUGAAACAUGAGAUGGCUUGGGCAUUAGUGAAUGAAACGGAAAAAGAUCUUAAUAAUAUGCUAAUCCAUAUAAAUUUUGGAGACCAACAAGCUGAGAUAUUAGAUCAGGAACUAGAGGCUUCAAGGGCCAAACUGAAUGAAGCAGAACAGGAGCAUAGAUCCAUUCAAGAACACUUGCAAAAGUUAAAUGAAGAAGGGGAAGCAUUGAAGCCCAAAUGCAUCUCAGCAAGAGAUGACGCCGAGAGCAUGCAAAGGGCCUAUAUUCAAGUGGAGGUGGCCCUUAAUUCUUCUCAAGAUGAAUUGAAUAAAUUAGAAAAAGUUGCAGAAAAUAUUAAUAACAAAAUUAAAGACACGAAAAAGAGUCUGCACCUAUUAGAGUUAGAAAAGCAGAGAAAAAUCUCUGUCUUGAAGGAAAAGUUAAAGAAACAUAGGGAGCAAGAAGAGUUGCUUGUCCAAGACAUAAAACUUAUUCAUCGGACUGUAGAAAAAGAUGAUGAAGAACAUUUUCGAGUUAAGAAAGAAGAAGCAUAUGUACAGCAAAUGCUGAAUGAGGGCCAGCAACAGCUAAUCCAAUGGAAAGAGUAUAAGUCUGACCCACUAAAACGAUUUGGCCCCUAUAUUUCAGCUCUUCUUGAAGCGAUAGACGGUGCUCACAGACAAGGGCUCUUUACCUGCAAGCCUAUAGGCCCACUGGGAGCUUGCAUUCGUCUCCGGGACCCUGAAUUUGCUUUGGCUGUUGAGUGCUGCUUAAAGGGCCGCCUUCUUGACUUUUUUUGUGACAACCAACAAGAUAAGCAAGCCCUUCAAGAGCUAAUGACAACAGUUUAUCCAUUUGGCACUCCUCGACCGCAGAUAAUCGUGUCAUCAUUUGAGUGUGAGUUGUAUGAUGUAACAGAGAGAGCGGCUUGUCAUCCCGAAUAUCCAACAGUUCUCACAGCCUUAGAAAUAGAUAAAACAGUGGUGUCCAAUGCUUUGAUUGAUAUGAGGCACAUAGAGACUGUGCUGCUGAUUAAAGAUAACUCAUUGGCUCAUACAAUGAUUCAAGGUCAGGGACUCCCCAAGAACUGUACCAAAAUUUUAACUGCCUGUGGUGAUGAAGUAUACGAGGGAUGCUAUUCUUCAUGUGAAGAAUCAAGACCUACUUACUUGGGUGAUGUAGACCUUGAGAUAAGUAAUUUGGAAAAAGAAGUGGAAAAUAGAAUUGGACAUUUGUCAGUAUAUCAGCAACAUGUGAGUGAACUUGAAAAAGAUAUGAGAAAGAAUCGAGAAACUAUGGAUAGUCAUUAUCAAUAUUUAAAAGAACUAAGGACUAAAGAAGUAAAUAUCACUUCACAAAUCAAAGAUCUUGGGAAUAGAAAUGAAAGCCAGUCGAAAGAUAUCUUGAUUCUGGAACAGGAAGCUCAAGAAAUUCAAGGAAAAAUACAAGAAGUUGAGGAAAAGAUGAAAGCUCAAAAGGACAAGAUGGACAGUCUAAGGCAACUGGGAAUUGAAGCUGAACAGAGAUUUGAAAACUAUAAGUCGAGAUGUAUUCAACUUUCAGAUGUAAUAGACUCUUUCAUUGAGAAACAAAACGAGCUUGCUUCAGAAGUGGGCACCCAGAAGGAAUCUAUGUGCAGGUGCUGUGAUUUCAACAUCGGUGCCUUCCUGACUCCACUGAUGCUCCUCGAUGCCUAUCUCAUCGCACACCCUAUCCUACGGAGCACCUCACAGUACCUGCUUGCAGCCCUUUGCAGCCAAGAACAGCUUCACCCUCAGAGACGAAAGAAGACCUCACCGGGAUACAAAAUGGUUGCUUAA